CCACCCAAUAUAUAGCCUCAUUUAUUUCAAGCCCCAAUCCUCAUCCUCCUAAAAAACUAUAUACUAAAAAUAUAAAUAUUCCUUAUUCUUCUCCUUCAAAUUCUCAAAAUUCUCUCUUUUCAAAUUUCUUCAAAAAAAUCACAUUUCAACGGCAAAUCAAAUUUGGGGUUCUGGGUAUUUCAAGAAAAUGGAUUCUGAAACCUUAAAAGAUUCGUAUAACGAAGAAAUCAUCGAAAAAUUAACCGAAGAUUUUACAGAGCAGUUGAGUAUGAAACAACAGAUAAUCGAAGAAGAUGGUUAUGAGGACGACGAGGAGGAGGAAGUUGAAGAUGAUGAUGAUAAUGAAAAUGAAGAGGAAGAGUUUUCUUUCGCGUGUGGGAUAGACGCGCCGCCGAUAGCGGCGGAUGAGAUGUUUUACAAUGGUCAAAUCCGACCUCUGUUCCCGUUGUUUAAUCAGAAUCUUCUUUUAUCCGACGAAGAUUUAGAAGCUUUGAAGGAACAAUUACCGAUCAGGCCACCGGUAAAGAAGAUAUUUAUACAAACGGAAGAUAACCCAAUUCCGGCGACUUCAAGUGAAGAAAUCGCCGGACCCUUUUGUGAAUGGUCGAAAAAUAAAGCAAUUGAAGCAACACGGGACAAUCCAGAGGUAUGUAAAAAGAGUAAUUCAACCGGAUUUUCAAAGCUAUGGAGAUUUAAAGACUUUCUUCACCGGAGUAACAGUGACGGAAGAGAUACCUUUGUGUUCUUAAACCCAACAACUCCGGCGGCAAAAGUAGAGGAAAAAGUUGUUCCGAAAGAUGAAACGACGACGUCGGAGAAGAAAAAGAAGGAGAUCUCCGGCGAAGUGAAAGUCAUCGGAAAAGUAACGAAGAAGACGAAGAAAGUUGUGAAGAAGAGUGAAGGGGUUUUAGCUCAUGAAGCUUAUAUGAAGAGUAAAGCUAAAGCUGAAGAUCGCCGGCGAUCGUAUCUUCCUUACCGGCCGGAGCUCGUCGGAUUUUUCACAAAUGUGAACGGUGGAUUAACGAAGAAUGUGCAUCCAUUCUAAGUGAAAAAAUCUUUCUUUUUUUUUGCCUUCUUGGGUUAUGGAAAUCUUUAAUUAAUUUUAAUAUUAUAGUAAUGUAAUUUGCUUAGUCAAUAAUUAGAUUUGUUUGAUUUAGAUCAUGGCCUAAGGGAUUAUGAGGUAUAAGUUGGCCUUUUUUUCCCCUUAUUGAGCUUUGUAAUGUAAAAUCUUUAAUUCACCAUAUAAUUAUGUACUUAA